CUGUCUGCCAUAGGGAGGAGGUCUGGUCCUGAUUGGUCGAGCACAGAAUAAGGAACCACAUGAUUGGCUUUCCUGUCAACGCUACCGGCCGCAGUCUGGCAAGAUGGCCGCACCGCAGCAUCACAAGAAGCGCGUCUGCUACUAUUAUGAUAAGGCCUCACAAGGCAACAGCUGAAGAAAUCACAAAAUUUCAUAGCGAUGACUACAUUCGGUUUUUGCGAAGCAUCAAGCCUGACAACAUCUCUGAAUACAACAAGCAGAUGCAGAGAUUCAAUGUUGGCGAGGACUGCCCAGUGUUUGAUGGUUUGUAUGAGUUUUGCCAACUGUCUGCGGGUGGGUCUGUUGCUGGAGCUGUGAAGCUGAACAAGCAAGCCACUGAAAUUGCCAUCAACUGGGCAGGAGGCCUGCAUCAUGCCAAGAAGUCUGAGGCUUCAGGCUUCUGUUAUGUGAAUGAUAUUGUCCUGGCCAUCUUGGAGCUCUUGAAGUAUCAUCAACGAGUACUUUACAUAGAUAUUGACAUUCAUCAUGGAGAUGGAGUAGAAGAAGCUUUCUAUACUACUGACAGGGUCAUGACAGUCUCUUUCCACAAAUAUGGAGAAUAUUUCCCUGGAACUGGAGAUCUCCGGGAUAUAGGAGCUGGGAAAGGGAAAUACUAUGCAGUAAAUUUCCCUCUCAGAGAUGGCAUAGAUGAUGAGAGCUAUGAAUCCAUCUUCACUCCAAUCAUGACCAAAGUCAUGGAGACAUAUCAACCAUGUGCGAUUGUUCUUCAGUGUGGUGCAGACUCCCUGAGUGGUGAUCGUCUUGGCUGCUUCAACCUCACACUUAAGGGUCAUUCAAAAUGUGUGGAUUUCAUCAAGAGAUACAACUUGCCCUUGCUGUUGGUGGGAGGUGGAGGAUACACAAUCCGUAAUGUAGCUCGAUGCUGGUGUUAUGAGACAGCUGUGGCACUUGGAGCGGAGGCUUCAGUUGCUAAUGAGCUUCCCUACAAUGAUUACUUUGAGUAUUUUGGACCUGAUUUCAAACUCCACAUCACGCCUUCCAACAUGACCAAUCAGAACAACACCGAGUACCUGGACAAAGUCAAAACAAGAUUGUUUGAGAACCUUCGAAUGCUGCCUCAUGUCCCUGGAGUUCAGAUGCAAAACAUCCCAGAAGAUGCCAUGAGCAUGGAUGAUGUAGAUGAAGAGCCAAAAAAAAAUCCAGAGGAGAGAAUCUCAAUUCGAGCAUCUGACAAACGAGUAGCAGCAGACAAUGAGUUUAGUGACUCAGAAGAUGAAGGUGAAGGAGGACGUAGAGACCAGAGAUCUUACAAAGGCAGGAAAAAACUCAGAGUAGAUGAUGGAGACAGAGACAAGCCAUCUGAGGAUACAAAACCACUCCAAAGCCCCACCAAAGACUCCAAUGAUAUUGAUGUGGAGAUGAAACCUGUGGAUUCCAAGGAUAAUGGAGAUGCACCAGUCAAAGCAUGAGAUGUCCUCAAAUAUUCUCACUUUUCCUUUCAUCAUGCUCUUUGACUUUAAGGAUCUGUUGCCAUUCCUGGGACCUGAGAAGCAAUCGGCUGUGUAUUAUGUGUAGCUCAAUGUGUUGCCUCUUGAAUUCCAGUUCUAUGCUGAUGAUUGGAUUUCAUGUACUUGAAUUUCAGAGGAAUGCUCAUUUGAAAGCUCCAGCUGGAAGGAAUCCUUGAAUAUCUGUAAUUAUUUAUUAUCCUGUCAUGAACAAGUGGAAAUGAUUGAAGGAGGCAGUUCAUUAUAAUGAUGAAGAGCAAAUACCUUGGAAUGAAGCAACUUCCUUGAUUUUCCCCAUA